AUGAAUACUGAAAAUCAAAUUGUUUCUUUCAAGAAUGCAAUUAUCAUCAAAGAAGAAGAUGAUGAAAGAAUUACAUUAGUUGACAAUGAUUUGUUUGAAAAUUAUUAUGAAAAUUGUUAUAAUUUAAUUAAUUCUAUUUAUGCGAAACAAUUCAUUAAAAUAAAUUUCCCAAAAAUAAGACUUGUUCCAUCAUCCAUGAAGUUUAAAAUUUUUGAAAACAACCCUGGGAAAGAAUCAACAAUAAAGGAGAUAGUUAAAAAUGACUUGGCAAUUCCACCUUUGGGAUACAUUAGAAAAAUAAUUGAUCAAAUAAAUGACUACAUUGGAAAAGAUGAAAAAAAAGAACAAAAAAGAAAUCAAAUGUUUAUUAAAAUACCUUCUUUUGGAAUAGCCAAAUUCUGUGAUUUAAACAAAAUAAUAAACUUGCAUACAGCAAUGUUGUUUCAAACUAAUUUCAUAAAUUUAAUCAAUUGGGUUGAUAGUAAAUUGAAGAGGUCAAACAAAUUGAAAGAAAAAUUAUUAAAUACUAAUAGAUUAUAUAAUAAUUUAAGAAAGAAUUUAAACGUAACUAUUUUAGAUUUAUGUACCUUGGCAAAUCAGAAUUAUGUAAAUGAUAUGGUUAUUGAAUCAGUACUUAGAAUAUUUAAAGCAUUCAAAGAUGAUGACAACAAAAAUAAUAAUUUUAUUUUGGCUCCAAUAUAUUUGUACACUCAUAUAAAUGAUGGAAAAUUUGAUAUUGCGUAUAAUUUAUUAGUUGUAAAACUAGAUUUAGAUACCAAGAAAAUUUAUUUCGGUGAUUCUUUAUAUUAUCAAGCUCCAAUUGAUUUAAUAACCAAUAUUAACAGAUUAUUUGAACUUUAUGGGAUCUCUUUUGAAGAUGAAGUUUAUUAUAUUGGUGAAAUUCCUUAUCAAUGUGGAACUUUAGAUUGUGGAAUAACGAUCUUAAAUUAUAUUGAAAAAGAAAUUGGGAUAAGUAAUAAAUCAUGGGAUAGAAAAAUAUCCACUUAUUUUAGACUUAGAUACUUGAGUCUAAUUCUAAAUUAUAAUUUAGAAGGAUUUGAUUUCCCAUCAAAUAUUGGAGCUUUAAUUGAAAGUAAAUUUCCAUCAUUGCAAUCAUAUUCAACAGAGAUUGAUGAUGAAUGCAAAACAAUAGAAAUUGACGAGCAUGAAAAAAUAGAAAUUGAUGAGCAUGAAAAAAUAGAAAUUAAUGAACAUGAAAAAAUAGAGAUUAAUGAAUGUGAAACCAUAAAAAUUGAUAAUUAUUCAAUGGAAGUUGAUGGUUAUGAACAUAUGUCAAUGGAUAAUGGCUGGUUUGAAACAAAUCAAGAUAUUUCUGAAAGAAUUGGUGCAAUAGAAUUAUCUUUGUCAAAACGUUGGGAUUCAUUGGAUAAUGCAAUAGCAGAUGUUAAAAAAUAUGCAUAUGAGCAAGGAUUCAGUGCAAGCAUUGAAUCCUCAAGAGAAUAUG